AAGCAGAGUGCACAUAGUUGAGGAUGAUUCGUUCCCAAAGUCAAUCAACUAAUAUGACACAUUCCUCCAAUCUCAAGAAUGUCCUAAUCUUUGGCCAAGACUCAACGGUUUACAAAGGAAAUUUCUAUCCGAAAUUCAUAUGAUUAUGGCAGUUAAAGCUGCGAUAGAUGGCGAUAUUAUCGGUAGCGGUGAUGGCGGUCGUGCACAUGGUUUUUAAUAUAACCUAUUUUUAAUGCGUGAGUGUGACAACGUUUAACAAUUGCAAUAAUGUUUAGUAAACCUCAGCCACGUUUAUUUGAUGUAAAUAAAAAACCCAGUCAGCCGAAGAGGCGAAAAAAGAUUACACUUGUCUUCGACGAGGAAAAGCGGCGAGAAUUUUUAGGAGGAUUUCGUAAAAGAAAGCUAGAACGAAAAAGGAAAGCUCAGGAACAAUUGCAACAACAGUUGAAAGAAGAACGAAAGAAAAUUAAACAAGAGGUACGAGAACGUUAUAAAAAAUCAUUAUCGCAGCAAAAUAUUCCAGAAAUAGAAGAAUUGUUAUCUAGACAAGAAUAUAAGCUGCAGGAUCAUACAGUUAGUAUUUUGGAGUUGAAUAUUGCAGAUCUCAAGGAAGGAAGUGCAUGGAUAGGUCAAAAUAAAAUUGCAGAGGAAAAAGAAGAAGAACAAGAGAAUGAUGAAAGUGAACAUUCUAAUGAUGAUAAAGAUGAAAUUGUGGGCAUGUCAUUGCAAAAGAAACAAAUUGUUGCAAAGGACAUUGCACCAGAUUCUAAAUCUAACCAUCAAGAGAUAAAAUCUUCAAAGGAAUUGAAACGAGAAAUGAGGAAAAUAGCAUUGAAACAAGUUAAAAAGAGUAAAGCAUUUCAACAAAAGCAGAGACUUGAACAACAGAAAAAUAAAAAACGGAGUAAACAAAAAUUACACAAAGCUCAAAAGUUAGCACAUAAAAGUGGUAAGCGAAAUAAAAAGAAACCAGCACAUUAGAACAUUUGACAUUUAUUGAUUAAAUUUUAAAUAAAUAUGUUU